CGGAUGGCGCGUGAACAGGCGUUGGCGGUCUCGACCAAAACGUCGACUUCGUGGUGUCGCAUGCGGUGGCGCCAAGUUUGGGUCGGGAUAGCGCUCGUGGGAGUCGUGGCUCUUGGCACAGGCUGCUUUGUUGAAGGAUAUCAUCAGUCUGCCGACCCGUACGCGGUGUUGGGGGUGUCUCGCGGAGCGUCAGAGGAUCAGAUCAAGCGGGCAUACAAGAAACUCGCGAUCAAGUAUCACCCGGACAAGCACCCGCACGACAGCCAAGAAGCGGCAAAGGAGAACUUUGUCCGUGUGCAGGAAGCAUACGAAACAUUGACAAACAAACGCGCGUCGUCGACGUCACAAAGUCAGUAUCGUUCGUACCAGCACGAGUACUCGAACCAGUACCAUCACCACCACCAGCAGCAUCAGUACUACCACUACACGUUUUCGUCGCAGCAACGGCCGCAGUCGUCUGGGUCAACUCCGAUUUUGUACUUCUUCGUGUUCGGCAUCGUCGCCAUGCUCCUGUACACAAAGGUCAUGGAAGUCAGGGACUCCACACCCGACAGCACUCAGCCCCCAUCGCCGUCGUCGCGCCAAUCCAAGGCGUCUCCAACGCCGCCAAAACCCAUGAGCACGUCCUCGUUAGCACCGCUGGCAGCCACGUACGCUCCACAUGUCCCAGAGCUCACGCCCGCCGUACUGCAAAUCAAACGGCGGCGGGUCGUUAUCUUUUGCAUGCGAGCCUCGCCAACGUACUGUUCGCCGCAAGCUCAAUGGAUCCACGCAGAGGCGGUCGCAGUCGAAUUCAAGAACGACCCAGUCGUGUUUACCUGGUGCGACGUCGAUCAUCCACACCGCAAGGCUGCAUGGACAUCGUUUUUCGACACGCACUUGAUCGAUGCAGAGUCAUGUGUGAUUGUGGCCGUGAGCAACCAGUCCAAGUACGCGACGCUGACCAAGUCGGCCGACUUGACCUACUCCGACGUGCAAACCUGGCUCGGACGUCUUGUUGGCGGCGAAGGAGAUUCGCCAAAGCAGUUGCAAGUGACCGUUCCGGUGUGAUCCCGUGCUUUCGAUCUGACAAAAAACAGUUGCGAGUUUGGUCAUUUCGUGGCAUGUCCGGUCCCAACGGCGGAUGCCAAGGGAUUGUGCUCGGAAUUUUGCACAUCUUGAGGCUUCUACACGCGUUUUCAGUCCCUGAAAAACUCUGGCUGGUGUUGCUCGUUGCCGAGCGUUCGUAUGAGCGAAGAGGGU